AUGCCAACCUCUUCACCUGUAUUUCGAGGAUCACGUAGAUACUAUCCUCCUAGUAGGAAUAUGAAACCAGAUAUUGUAUUGGAGUUAGCAUGGAGACAUGGUCUUAAUGACUUUGCUAUGCCAUAUUUGAUCCAAGUUUUACGCGAAUUCUCUCUUAAGGUUGAUUCAUUAGAAAAGGCAAAUGCUGAAAGAUCAGCAAAAGAACAAGAGCGUGAAAAAUCGGAAAAUGAAACACCAAUUAUAGGUUUGGGAAAUCAACGUUUACUUACUCAAUGGACAUAA